AUGGCUACUUACCUCGUCACGGGAGCCAACCGCGGACUCGGGCUGGAGUUUGUUCGCCAGUUUUCCAACGAACUUGGAAACACGGUCGUGGCAUUGGUGCGAAACAAGGCCGCCAGCGAGAAGGCCGAGCCAGAACACCUCACCAAGCCCAACGUUCACGUGUUGGAGGCGGACCUUGCCAGCUUUGCGUCGCUGCAGAGAGCGGCGGACGAGACCAAGCGCAUCACCAACAACAAGCUCGACUACAUGAUUGCGAAUGCCGCAUUUCUAUCGGAGUGGUCUGCCUACGAUGACAUGGAGACGCUCGGUCAAGACCCCGAGGCACUCGAAAAAGACCUCCUGCAGUCAUUCCAGAUCAACGUCGCGGGCAACAUCCACCUCUUCAACGCUUUCCUCCCACUCAUCCGCAACGGGCACGCCAAAAAGGUCGUUUCCAUCUCGACCGGCAUGGCGGACAUUGACCUCAUAGCCGGGUACGACAUCGCCAUGGCCGGCCCGUACAGCAUCAGCAAGGCAGCACUCAACGCCGCCGUGGCAAAGUACAGCGCGCAGUGCAAGCAGGAGGGCAUUCUCUUCAUGUCCAUCAGCCCAGGGCUGGUGGAAACCGGCCAGGCUGCCCACGCUACGGACGAGCAACUCGAGAAAGUGGCUGUCAUGGGACGGAAAUUUGCGACGUACGCGCCGCACUUUACGGGGCCCAUCUCGCCGGCGGAGUCGGUCGCCUCGAUUAACCGGGUUAUUGUGAGUUCUAGCAUCGAGGGGGGGAGUGGAGGUUCGUUUGUGUCGCAUCUGGGAACGCGGCAGUGGCUGUAG